GCUACGAGCCGGGCACGUUCUGCUCUCUGAAUCACCAGCGCUGUUCCUGCGCUCACAGUCACACACUACAAGCUUUCCAUAGUUACCAAGAUAUUUUCUAGAUUGAACGUAAUUGAGUAGGCUAUGAAAUUACAAAACUGGUUCAUUUUUUUUUACAACUCAGGGUAAAGGGGGAGUUUUCCCAUUUAAGAGUGGUUCCGCUUUACCUCCGUGUUUUCAACGAGCUUUUAUUUCCUUCAUAUCUGAUCGCCCAUCAGUGUAAUGAUCUGGCUUUUUGCUCGUGUCGUUUCCACUUCAGCAUGGGAACUGCAGUGUCCAAAAGGAAGACUUUAAGGAACGAUGCAAUAUCUUCUGUGACCGCAAAAGUUAGAGCAGCCAGAGCUUUUGGAGAUUAUCUGUCUCACACACACCCUGAGAACCGUGCCGGCUCAGAUCACCUGCUGUCUGAUACCUUUAUCGGCCAAGACACAGACUCCCCUGACCUCAGUCGUCUCCACAACAACCUGCACCCUCAGAAUCAGCCCCAGGCCCACAGUCUCCAGUCACAGCCCAGCACCCUGCAUCCCCAGUCCAGCUGUCUCCAUCCCCAGCCCAGCACCCUGCAGCCAGAUAGUUUGCAGUCCACAGGACCGUCCAAGCGCAGGCUCUCAGCAGGGCGCAGCUUCUCCUUUGAGCAGCAGCCUCCUCCCAGGUCCACUGAGGGAAGUCUGACGGGCCUGAAGCCAGCUGCCCAGCGGGUCUACACCAUCACCAGGGAGGGAGGCAUGCUAGGGGGCCGAGGCAGCGAGGAGAGCCUGGAGCUGGAGGUGCUGAAGCAGCCCCUGUCCCCUCCUCCCUCCUCCAACCAGCCCUCGUACUCCAAUCCACAACCACCAGGCAGCAAAUACCAACACGGCGGCGGUGGUGGUGGCAACCAUCACCGUGGCAACCAUAACCAUGGCCAACAGAACCACAGGUCCCAGUCCCAGCCCCUGCAGAGCUCGGGGAGCGCCCAUAACAUCCGGGACUGGGGGGUGCGGAGGGGGGGCUCGCGGGAGGACUGCACCCCAGAGUCUGUGACCUGCAUCAGGGCCCCAUGUCAGAGCCAGCGCUCUCUGGAUCUGGAGACGUCCCCGCAAGACGGAGGCAAACAAAGGAAGAAGCUGGAGAGGAUGUACAGCGAAGACCGAGACAGAGACAGACAAGGAACUGCUGAGGAGAGAGAGGACAACCCUAAUAGCUGGUUCCCCAAAGAGAAUAUGUUCAGCUUCCAGACGGCAACCACAACAAUGCAGGCUAUAUCGGCAUUCCGGUGCAUUGCUGAGAGAAAGAGGAGGAAACGAGAACAGGAGGCAACCUCUACUAUAACAGAGACUGAGAGGAACUUCCGGAAGCACCUGAGAAUGGUGGGCAGCCGCAGAAUGAAGGCUCAGACAUAUGCCGACCGCCGAGCCAAGAGUUUCAACCGCUCCUGGAGUGACCCCACCCCUAUGAAGCCAGACUCUCUCCAUGGCUCCAGAGACAAUGGGGACCUGCAGUCCUCGUCAGGGGCUCUAGAUGAAGGGUCACAGGAGGAUGCGGACUGGGAGGAGGAGAGAGAACUGGAGAGAGCAGCCUGCGAGGGAGAGGACUUCACCCCCCCCAAAAUCAUACUGAUAUCCUCUAAGGUCCCGAAGGCUGAAUAUGUCCCUAACAUCAUCCGUCGGGACGACCCCUCGGUCAUCCCCAUCCUUUAUGAUCAUGAACAUGCCACAUUCGAUGACAUCAUUGAGGAGAUAGAGAAGAAGCUGACGGCCUACAGGAAAGGCUGUAAGAUCUGGAACAUGCUCAUCUUCUGUCAGGGAGGUCCGGGGCAUCUGUACCUGCUCAAGAACAAAGUGGCCACGUUUGCCAAGGUGGAGAAGGAGGAGGACAUGAUCCAGUUCUGGAAGAAGUUGAGUCGGUUUAUGAGCAAACUAAACCCUGAGGCCAACCUCAUUCACAUAAUGGGCUGCUAUGUUCUGGGGAGCGCCAAUGGAGAAAAACUAAUCCAGAAUCUGAAGCAGCUAAUGAGACCUCAUGCCAUCGAAUUCAAGUCCCCACUAGAGCUGUCUGCGCAGGGCAAGGAGAUGAUCGAGAUGUACUUUGACUUCCGUCUCUUCCGCCUGUGGAAAACCCGCCAGCACUCCAAGCUGCUUGACUAUGACAACCUUUUGUGACAUUGCUCACCUUUCACCUUUGUCAGCCUACUGGCUGUGUAUCUCAUCACCGAUAGCCUACGGUGACGGCUUUCCUUGAGAGGUCCUGGACGGGAGCGCUCUGUAGAAGAGGUGCAACAGGAAGACGGGGUUCAGGUGGUUUUACUCACCGAGGAGGCUUCAAUCCUAAGCUCUCGGAUGAAUUGAAGGCACUAAGUGAAUUCCAGUAGCAGCUACUGUCAAGAGGUGAACUGUA